AUGGCGAACUCGGGAAUGCUGGGGGUGUUGAGAAGAUCGGUGAGGGUGGACUUGAUGUCCCGCGCGAAAUUGCGGAUCAGCAAAAACUCGAGUCGCGCGGGCGAUUCAACGAUCAAAUGUGAGAAGACCGACGACAAGACUCGCUGGGACUGGGCCGUCCUCCAGGGUGACGUUUGGAAGGUCCAUGGCGCUCAAGUGGCAGAAUGUACCCGGUUUCUUCCCGGAUCGUUUGAUCGUCCUCCGCGAAAUCCGGCCGAGAAGAUCAAAAGUGGCUACAAAGCCUGGGAAUUCCUCAUGUACGUCUUCGGUCUCGGUCCCUGUCUCCUCUACGCUUCCCCUCUUCCCCUUCAAUACUUCGUGAACUUCUGUCAACUCGUCCGUGCCAUCCGGAUUACGCUAGCGUACAGCAUCCGUGAGGACGACCUCCUUGAAGCACACAGCCACUUCAUGCAAUUCACCACCGAGUUCGAGGAGCUGUACUACAAUCGUCGUGCCGAUCGUCUCCACUUUGUGCGGCAAAGCAUCCAUGCCUUAUCUCAUAUUUGCCCGGAAGUUCGGCGGCUUGGCCCGCAAGCGUGCUACACACAGUGGGUCAUGGAGCGUGCCAUUGGCUCCCUGACACAGGAGCUUCGGAACCAUUCUAAUCCCUACGCCAACCUCUCUGAACGUUUUGUUCGAAGAGCCCUGAUCAAUGCGCUCAAGGCUAUGUUCCCAGAGCUCGAGCACACAAAAUACAAGUCCGGAGAAUACCCUCGGGGCGCCGAAGAGGUCGGGUCUGGUUACGUGCUCCUCCGGGCAGUCGACACGAAGGAGCGCACAAUUCGUACCGAAGAGGGAAAUGCACUCCGGGAAUACCUCAAGGAACACGAUCCUCCCAACAAGGCGCUCUACGAAGAUGCGCCCGCGUUCCGUGUGGCACGCUGGGCAAGACUCCUUCUACCAAAUGGCCAGAUUGCGAGAUCAUAUUGGAAGGAGGGUGGCAAGACAAAGCCUAAGCUCCGUGUCUCCCGUAAUGUGAAGAUCGUACUCAACGGAGAGAUACGAUACGGGGAAGUGCAGUACUUCAUACACCUCAAAAUUGGAAACCGGAAGCAAGGCGUCGCCAUGCUAUCACUCUGGAGUCUGCCGGAGCCGACACUGCUCAAACUAUCUUGCAAGACCAUCUACUCUUCCCUUCCUGGUGGUGAUGACGGACUCGUGGUUGUUCCGGUGCAUUGUAUCAAGUCGGUCGUGGCGAUGAUUCCCCAUCCGGAGCAUAUUCCCUCUGUUGAGGGACAUAUUGUCACUCGAGACGUAGAUGUGACUGGCCGGUGGUGCGUUGUCGAGAAGCCUGGACUGGAAGUAGCACACUACGCAGGGAGGGAUGAAGAUAUAUUCGCGGACGAUGAAGCGGGAGAGGGGGAGCCGGGAGGAGAGAGGGAAUAA